AUGGGGUCAACGAAGCACCGCCAAAAUUAUCCCAAGAAUCUCGAUAUCGACUUAAGAAACGCUCAUUCCAAAAAAUCAAUUUAUAUUUCUCGUUGCUAUCUCUUUCGUUGGUCGCCAAAUUCAUUGUUAGGGCGCUCCGCGACUGAGUUGCUUUUCAUGAGUGUUAUGGAAGAUUGGUUGGUGUCACUCUAUUCAGAGCUUGAAGAGAAGGGUAUUACUAUACCAGAGAGGCUUAACGAGGAUGAACUUCGUAGAUUCCAUGAUGCCUCUGGUAGUGACUUUGCAAAGUUUUUAUCAUCGGUUGAAAAGACCAUUCAAUGGAGGCGUAAAUACAUUAUGCUUUCACAACAAGAACUUGACGCCUGGGGCAAUUUGGUAUUUUGGCAUGGAUCCGAUGUAAUGCAACGACCUACCCUCGUUGUACGGAUUGGACUCGCAGGUUCUACUUUGGAUUCAGAUGACCAAUUAGAGUUUGCUAGAGCAGUCGUUUCACAGGUGGAAUACGGGGUUGUAAAUUUGGUUCAUCCGGAAAAUCCUCAUAUUACUGUUUUGUUAGAUUGUUCUAGACUAUCCCCGUUUGAAUUCCCGCUACAAACAUUUAAAUCAUGUGUGGCUCUUCUUCAAGAUCAUUACCCAAACAGGCUUGGAUGCUUACUUGUUGUACGAGUUCCCUCUAAUGCCAAAGUCAUGACUCAAACUCUCUACCAAGAUUUGAGGCCUGGAACAAUGCGAAAGCUGGUAUUUGUGGAUGCAUUUGAUUACACAGGAGUUCUUUCAAGCUACUUUAAAGACAUGCCGGAUUUUCCAACGACUGGAGAAGAAGCUAUCGGGGGGAUUGUCAUUCUAUGUUUUUUCAUUGGUCUUCUCUUAUUUUUAUCACUUUAUUUUCUCUAGUUUAUGCUCUGAUUAUGGUCAUUGUCAAGUUGAUAGAGAGGCAGAGAGCAUGCAUAUUCUUCCAUAAGAUUGUAAACACAAUUCCAAACAAGUGAAACAGAAUUAUCAGAAG